CUUUCCCCCCAAAUCUCCCUCAAACACUUGCAAUUCUUUAAUAGUACUAAAACAAUGGCAACUUUGAACCCGCCAACCGAAACCCGUCUCUCAACACGCGUCUCCCUCCGAUGGCUCCCGGAACCCGCUUCCGAAACGACCGACACCAUCGUCAUGUCCGUGAAGGGCUGGUACGUAGAUCUUCGGGUAGAUAAGACCACCGGCGACAUCGACUGGGCAAUUGCAGGCCAGCGCGUGGUGGAUAGUAAUGAACCUCGUCGCGUGCAGUUUACUCAUGAGAUUGACUCGCGUAAUUCGUUCGAUGCCGUUGAUUGUGGUACUUUUAGUACGUUGCCAAACGGAGAUGAUCUUGAGGUUGGAUCUAUGCCGCGGCCGGACCUGCCCGGGACACCGAUGACGGAAUAUGAGGAGGUGUGGCGGGAAUUGAAGUUCAGGGAGGGCCCUGAGGGACCGAGGAAGGGUGUAUCGUGGGUCUUGGAAUCUAAGCAUGGUGUGGACCUUGGGGCAAACGCCGAGAUGGAGGUUGCGAGGACGUUUGUGGCGAAGAUUUGGGGGACCUAUUUGGUAGUGCGGCAGCGACAGGUAUACGCACAUUUGACAGGGUCGAAUGCCGCAGUUGUCCGGGAGGGAAAGGACGUUAGUGCCAGAAGAGAGGAAUGGGAUCCGAAUGACGGAUGGACGGCGACGUAUGUUCUCGGUCCUGACGGUGACGUUUUACCCUCCGCUAAGGAUAUUGACGACGGAGAACAAUUGCGCACGCCGGGCGGAACAGCCUUUAUCAACGGAGAGGCAUAUACGGUUCGAUCAUAUGAAGAAAUUGUUUAAAUCGUUAACUGUCC